UCACUCAUCUCAGCUCACCUCAUUUCGAAGAAGAAAAGAAAGAAGAUCUAAAUCGCGUCAUGUUGCCAGGAAGGUUUCUUGGUCAGAAGAAGGCGAGGUCACCGGCGGGUCUGCCCACAACCCCAAGAACACCAACGCCGGCGACUACACCGUCAUCAAGAACAGUGGCUCCGCUGGUGGCCUCAACAACUUCACCAAGGGUGGCUAUACCUGCAGCCUCAAGAUCGUCAACAAGGGUGGCUUCUUCCACCACGUCAAGAACAUCAGCAACGUCGGCUCAACCCGCUAAUUCAAGACCCGCUAACUCAAGACCGCCAACAACGGCAAAUCCACAGGUGACCUCAAGAACUUCAACGACGGCAAAUUCGUAUGCGGCCUCAAGAACUUCAACAACUGCAAAUCCGUAUGCAACCUCAAGAACGUCAACGAAGACAAAUCUGCCCGCAACCUCAAGAACGUCAACAACGGCAAAUCCAUACGCGGCCUCAAGAAUGUCAGCAGCAUCAGCAGCGGUGGCUCCUUCUGCGACCUCAAGAAUGUCAACAAGAGUCGCUCCAUCCACGACCUCCAGAACGUCAACUAGAGCAGCGAUGGCCUCAAACCAGUCGACGACACUGCAGCCUGGUGCGCCGACCUCAAGAACGGCUAGGACGAGGGCCCCACCCUUGUCCGCAACGACAAGUCGUAGUCAUGCCGCUCCCACACGUCCAACUGCUUCAAGCACACGCCGAUGAUCUCCAUCCAUGUACGUCGUCCAUCUUCAAUGAAGUUAAGUGCGUUGAGACCAGAUUAGUUAUGUUACAGUAAAUUAAUAAAUUUGUAAACUCGAUUGGCUCGAGCCCGUGACAUGUAAGCCAGUAGUGUGCCAAUUGGUGAAUAGAGGGUCUACGGGCUUGGAUGUAAUUUAUGUUAUUUGUGUGGUUCUUUGUGCUGUAAAGAAAUUGAUGAAUAAAAU